UUUCUUCCCAGCUGGAUGCCUUGCAUAACCACAAAACUAGCACAGGAUGUAAAGAGGGCUGUCGGCCUCCCAGCCUUCACUCCCACAGUCUCCACAAUAAGCAAUUGCUAAUCUGACUUGGCUUCACGGUGCCCCGAAGGUGGAGUUGAAUGCGCCAAGGCCAGCCCCCUAGUUGCCCCGGAGCGCUCUGAGCGCGUCACAGAUCCUUCGCAAAUCUGAUCCUUUUAAAACCUCGUCAGUUUCAUCCAAGACGCAUAUUCGAUUCAGCUUCAGUUCUCCCCAGAGUGUCUCAGGUGCGCAAGGUCUCCGCGCCUCCAUCCAAGGCUUUGUAGUGCCGCCGCACAUUGUGCUGCAGCCCCCACCAAGAACAAAGCCUCGAUCCGCCCCCGAUCGGCUGAGAUAUUGCGGCGCCGUACAUUGUUGUGCGCGGAGCUCGUUGUCGCUGCAGCAGUGGCUACCUGGGGAACGCAAUCCCUGGUCAUCAUCCAAUCGGCGCUCCGCUACUAGGGUUUUACGUGCAGUAGCGUCCUGUCCUGUGCUGCAGCCUGCACUUUGGUGCGCCUCUCUUGCUGGUGGUACAAACUGGGGAAGGGGUCCCACCACUGGGCGGAGUCUUUUGUCUCGCUUUCAAAGGACCAAGCUACAAGCGCGCCUGAAUUUAUCUGCGGCCAACGUGCACCUGCCUCGCCUGCGCUUGCGGGAUCUCAUUUUUGCCCGACACUUGAAUGACUCGUGGUUCCCGUUCCUUGUCACUAAUCGCACUUUCUUCGCGUUUCUGCCCGCAUAGUGGCACUAACAGUCGAGCUCGGCGGCUGCAUCUCCGUUGUUUUGCGAAAGACUGUCUUAAAUAGUUACCACUUUGCGGCUCAGGCAGUAUCUAGAAUCUCGGCCCAACACUCUGACCUAGCCCUACGAGUGGUAUAGAUUGGUCGUUAUCAGGGGUUACCGACGUGGUUCCUCACUCAUCUAGACGGCCAAGACUUAUUGAUCCGUGUCUCACACACUGGACAACGCGGCGACGUGCGUGAGCAGAGAAUGGCAGAAAGUGAAAAACCCGCGUUCCAAGUCAUUGUCUUGGGCCCCAAUGGCGGUCCCCGAGAAGACAGCGUCACAGGUCUUCUUGUGCGAUCAACAUCCAUGAAUUGGUCUCCCGGCUCGGUCGUUGCCGUAGAUGCGGGAACUCUGCUUGCGGGGAUCAUUCGCGUACUGAAGAACUUCCUACCGAAUUCCAAGAAUGAAGAGGGAAUCAUGACGGCCGGGCCUUUCAAGGGUCUUCCGCUGCCCGCCCAAAGUGCUGAAGCCAAUGCUGCACAUAUCUUCCGCGAGAUCAUCGGCGCCGUCUUGAUCACACACCCUCAUCUGGAUCAUAUCUCGGGCUUGGCGAUCAACACACCGAUCUUAGAGGCGGGAAACGGACCUAAACCUGUCGCGGCUCUUCCGUCAGUACUAUCUGCAAUCAAAAACCACAUGUUUAACGACAUUAUCUGGCCGAACUUGUCAGAUGAGGAUGGUGGUGCCGGUUUGCUCACGUACCAACGCUUGGUUGAAGGCGGAAACACGAGAUUCGGUAGCGGAGAGAGCAGGGGUUACGUUCGCGCCUGUAAUGGCCUUUUGGCCAAGUGUCUCGCCGUCAGUCACGGUAGUUGCAAGCAGCGAUACCAUCCCGAGUCCGCCGCGCAUCACAGAAUCGGAAGUGCCGUGUUUCCUUCAGAGCAAUUGAUGCUACCAUCCAGGGCGGUUUCCAUGGAUCAUACCGAAGGAAGUUUUUACUCACCGGCUCGCUCACCACGUCUCCUCCCAGCCAAUGCCAAAGAACCUAUGCUGGCUACCGUCGAAAGCUCCGCAUUCUUCCUUCGUGACCACCGCACUGCUAAAGAAAUUAUCAUAUUCGGAGAUCUCGAGCCAGACACGAUUUCUCUCGAACCACGCAACAAACGCGUCUGGGAGGCGGCGGCCCCUAAAGUCCAUGCAGGUACACUGCGGGCUAUUUUUAUUGAAUGCUCCUUCAGUGAUAGCAUCGAUGAUGCCUAUCUCUACGGUCACCUAUGCCCCCGACACAUGAUAGCCGAGCUGAGUGUACUUGCCACAAAGGUCAUGGCCUUUCGUGAUCCUGCAUCCUUGCCCGAUAGGAAGCGCAAACGGCCCAAUACCAGCUUUGGCGACGGUACGGGCAGUCCAGUCAGCCCACGAACGAAACGUGGCUCCAACCCCUCGAUCGAGAAGGAGCAGAAAGUGGAACCUCGCUCGGGUGAUUCGUACGGUGUAGACCUGUCCGAAAACUUUGGCGAUGGCACCGACAGUAGGGAUGUCGAAGUGCCUAAUAUUGCAAGCUGGGCAGAUGCUGAUCCUCUGCCACUGACCGGGCUGUCUGUUUACAUUAUUCAUAUCAAGGAGAAUUUGACCGAUGGUCCAGCCCCUCAAGAUCAAAUCCUUCGGGAGCUUCGGGACCAUGCCAAGGAGGCGCAUUUGGGGUGUGAAUUCUUCCUUCCGGAUCCGAUGGAGGCUAUUUGGGUUUGAGUGGGAUGGGUGCUUGGACGGGGUAAUUUUUUUUUCCUGUUUUUUGUCGGUUUCAGCGCGGCGGUGUUCUAUCUCUGUUCUGGGAGGAUAAAUGGUUUUUUUUUUCCAUGGAUGUUUGCAUUUACUUCUCAGCAUAUCAAUUAAACAGCAUGCCGCUCAGAGGGUGGUUGAUUCGAAACAGUCCCUGUCUAAGAUCAAGAAAGGCAGUCGUUGAUCAUCGUGAUGUGCGAGCCAUUAAACCUCGAGAGAAUUCUUG